UGUGAAAGAAAUGGAGAUGUCAAGAAGAGAAGGUCAGGUCAGGCAGAUAUCCCUGAUGGUCUUCGUCAAGAAGCAGAAACAUGCUAUCGGCUUAGACUGCCUGAAGACUUCUACCAGUUUUGGAAGUUUUGUGAGGAACUAGAUCCUGAGAAACCAAGUGAUGCACUUGCGUCAAGUGUUGGACUUACGCUGGUUGGACCAUAUGAUAUUCUUGCUGGAAAACACAAAAAAGCAAAAUCAACAGAUCUGGACUUCAAUCUUCAUUGGAGGUUCUUCUAUGAUCCCCCAGAAUUCCAGACUAUACUUGUCGGGGAUACCAAAACACAGUAUCACAUGGGAUACUUCAGGGAUGUGCCAGAUGAGCUUCCAGUGUGGGUUGGUGCCAAUGAAGCUAAGAAGGGCUGUGUGAUUUCACAAGUUGGUGAUAAUGUCUUUGCCGCAGUCAAAUUAUUUUUGUCAAAAAAACUUCAGGAAGUGACUGAUAAAAAGAAAAAUGCUAUUUUGAAAGACAUAGAUGAAAAACUAACAAGAACAGCAAAAGAACUGGGUUAUUCUCUGGAACAGAAAACCAUGAAGAUGAAACAGAGAGAUAAGAAAGUGGUGACCAAAGCCUUUCAUGGAGCAGGCCUCGUUGUUCCUGUAGACAAAAAUGAUGUCGGAUACAGGGAACUUCCCGAAACAAAUGCUAAUCUUAAGAAAAUAUGUAAGGCCAUUGUUGAUGCUCCUACUGAUGAUGAGAGACUGAAGGCCUUUGCACCCAUUCAAGAAAUGCUGACCUUUGUUCAGUUUGCUAAUGAUGAAUGCGACUACGGAAUGGGGUAUGAGCUGGGUAUGGACCUGUUCUGCUAUGGAUCACACGUGAGUACUGCAACAAUCAUCCUUCACAAAAUUAUGCAGGGACCAGGAGUUGUUCUGAGUU